AUUUUAAUAUUAGAAUAAUUAUUCGACGUCAAAUUUUUAUUUCCACCGUUUGUUACUCAUUUGUACUUUGUAGUUAUAAUUAAUUAGUUUUGUUAUUAAUAAUAACAAUAAGUCUCAUAAAAUAAUAUUUUGAUUUUAUACUAUACUUAGUAUACCUAUAUUAUAGUCAUAGUUAAACUGAGUUUUAAUUGAAACAAAAUGGUUGUAAGACCUUAUAAUGAAGAACUAGGAUAUCUAGAAAAGAAAUCUCCAUAUAAAUGGGAAAUAAAAAAAGGAUUUCAACCUAAUAUGAAGGUUGAAGGAGUGUUUUAUGUUAAUACAUUUUUGGAAAAACUAAUGUUGGAAGAAUUACAAAAUGCAUGUCGACCAGGAAUGAUUGGUGGAUUUUUACCUGGUGUUAAACAAAUUGCUAAUGUGGCUGCAUUGCCUGGUAUUGUCCAUAAAUCUAUUGGACUUCCAGAUGUACACUCUGGUUAUGGGUUUGCUAUUGGAAAUAUGGCUGCAUUUGAUAUGGAUGAUCCUCUAUCUAUUGUUUCACCUGGUGGUGUUGGAUUUGACAUUAAUUGUGGUGUACGAUUACUCAGAACAAAUUUAUUUGAAAAAGAUGUUCAGCCCAUCAAAGAACAAUUAGCUCAAAGUAUGUUCGAUCACAUUCCUGUAGGUGUAGGGUCAAAAGGAAUCAUACCAAUGAAUGCAAAUGAUUUAGAAGAAGCACUUGAAAUGGGAAUGGAUUGGUCUCUAAGAGAAGGUUACGCAUGGGCUGAAGACAAAGAACAUUGUGAAGAAAAUGGUAGAAUGUUGAAUGCAGAUUCAUCUAAAGUUAGCAUGAGAGCUAGAAAACGAGGAUUACCACAAUUAGGAACAUUAGGAGCUGGCAAUCACUACGCAGAAAUACAAGUAGUUGAUGAAGUUUAUGAUAAAUGGGCAGCCAAGAAAAUGGGAAUUGAAAACAUUGGUCAAGUUUGUGUUAUGAUACAUUCUGGAAGUCGUGGUUUUGGACACCAAGUUGCAACAGAUGCUUUACUGGAAAUGGAAAAGGCUAUGAAACGGGACCAAAUUGAAGUCAACGACAGACAAUUAGCUUGUGCUCGUAUUAAGUCCAAUGAAGGUCAAAAUUAUUUGAAAUCUAUGUCUGCUGCUGCAAAUUUUGCAUGGGUGAAUCGAAGUUCAAUGACAUUUUUAGCCCGUCAAGCUUUUGCAAAACAAUUCAAAUUGACACCAGAUGAUUUAGACAUGCAUGUCAUAUAUGAUGUAUCUCAUAAUAUUGCAAAAAUGGAACAACAUUAUGUCGAUGGAAAACCUAAACACUUAUUGGUGCAUAGAAAGGGAUCAACAAGAGCAUUUCCUCCUUAUCACCCUCUUAUCCCAGUUGACUACCAACUAACCGGUCAACCAGUUUUGAUUGGUGGAACAAUGGGUACCUGUUCAUAUGUGUUGACUGGAACUGAACAGGGUAUGAAUGAAACAUUUGGGUCUACGUGCCACGGUGCUGGACGUGCAUUGUCAAGAGCUAAAUCUCGUAGAAAUAUAGACUAUAAUGAUGUAUUAGAAAAAUUGCAGCAACAAGGGAUUGCCAUACGAGUAGCUUCACCGAAAUUAGUAAUGGAAGAAGCACCAGAGUCAUAUAAAAAUGUCACUGAUGUGGUAGACACUUGCCAUGAGGCAGGAAUUAGUAAGAAGACUGUUAAAUUAAGACCAAUUGCUGUUAUUAAAGGAUAAAAAUUAAUUUACGUAUACCUAUUUAAUCUAAAAAUUGCAUCUAAUUACAUGUAUAUUUUGUAUUAUAUAUUCAUAAACUACAUA